GGGGGGGGGGGGGGGUGAGGGAAAGCAUUGAAAGCUCCACUCUGCAUAUAUAAUCAUAACUUUCUCUCUCUCUGUGAUAUGUGAACUCAAAGUCUCCAUCUUUCUUUCCAUAUUUUUUUAUGCAUGGCGACAACCCGUUUCAAUCCGAUUGGAAAGGGAUCACCACGCCCCAAUUAUUCGCUCCUCUUUUUAAACCAAGCCCAUUCUUCCGCUCUCUCACACCACCGUACGUUGCCAUGGCUGCCACCACCACUGCCGCCGCGGAUGCCACCCCGAAAUUCCACCAAAACCCUGAGUUCUACCCGGAACUGUCACCGGCGUCUCCGCCGACGCACCACGACGGCCUGGAGUUCUGGCAGUUUAUGGUUGCCGGUUCAAUCGCAGGCUGUGUCGAACAUAUGUCCAUGUUCCCCGUUGACACUCUCAAGACCCGCAUGCAGGCCGUCGGGUCGUCUUGUUCGUCUUCAACUCUUACCGUCCGGCAAUCCCUUGGCUCGAUUCUGAAGCUUGAAGGCUUCGCUGGACUCUACCGGGGCAUUGCCGCUAUGGGACUCGGCGCUGGACCAGCCCAUGCGGUUUACUUUUCCGUGUAUGAGCACUGCAAGAAGGUUUUAUCGGCCGGGAAUCCCAACAAUUCGGCGGCGCACGCGGCAUCUGGGGUGGUGGCCACGGUGGCGAGCGAUGCCGUGAUCACGCCUAUGGACAUGGUGAAGCAGAGGCUGCAGCUGAAGAGCAGUCCUUACAAGGGUGUGGCCGACUGCGCCAAAAGGGUGUUGAUGGAGGAAGGAAUCGGAGCUUUCUAUGCCUCGUACCGGACCACCGUCUUCAUGAACGCGCCGUUCACGGCGGUCCACUUCGCCACGUACGAGGCUGCGAAACGGGGACUGACGGAGGUGUCACCGGAGAGCGUGGCUGAGGAGGAGACAUUAGUGGUCCACGCCACGGCCGGCGCUGCUGCCGGAGCGUUGGCGGCAGCGGUCACAACUCCUCUUGAUGUCGUCAAAACUCAAUUGCAGUGCCAGGGCGUGUGUGGAUGUGAUCGAUUUUCAAGUGGUUCGAUCCGGGACGUGAUUCGGACUAUAGUAAAGAAGGAAGGAUAUGGAGGGCUGAUGAGAGGAUGGAUCCCCAGGAUGCUAUUCCAUGCACCUGCUGCUGCGAUCUGCUGGUCCACCUAUGAAGCAGCUAAAACCUUUUUUCAACAACUGCAUGGCAGCCACAGCUCUAGGUCUGUUGAUUAAGAUGCCAUAGUCCAAGUCUUUGUAAUUAAUUGAAUAACAUGUAAGCAUGGAAUUGGCAGACUUGGCCAUUAGUUUUUAAGUAUAAGUAUUGCUGGUUAAGUCA